GUGUUUCGUGGAAGGACUAAGUCACUCGUCGGUACAGUCGAGUGAAUCCACAGGUUGUUGGUGUUGAGCGUGCUACGUUCGGUCAAAACGCGUCGCUGAGGCGAAACGAGAAAUCAGCGCGAGCGGCUGUGAUUUGGCGGCGACAAUAAAGCUGCAGGAAAGCGUCGAGGCCUGAAGUGUCGCCAUUGGACGCACGCGCCGCCUCCGCCGCGCGGCCGAGCGUUUAUGCAAAUCCGCCGCAGCCGAAUAUGGACACGGAGGAAUGAAAUAUGGUGGAGGAGGCGAACAUGGAGGAGCGAGGACCGUGAGAGCGCCGCGGUGCUGCUGCUUGUCGGAGGGCUGCGAGAGGGAACAGCGGAGCCGCCUCCGGCGGGACUUCGACGGACAAACUCUGUGGAAACUUUGUUAGUUGUUUUGUUUUUGUGCUCCCCGUUUUUGGCGUCUCCGCUGUUUGUGCCGAUAAGUGCGCUCGAGCCGGAGCUGUAAUGCUGUGAAGGGGCGACUUCUUCGUCCGGGGGGGGGCAGAGAACCAGGGGCUGGGGGCCGGAGCCCUCUCACCACCGCCACGGGAUGCCGUGGCUCAGCGGCGCUAAGCGGAGGGAGAGCUCGGAGCUGCCGCUGCCCGCGGGCUGGGAGGAAGCCCGGGAUUACGACGGCAGGGUGUUUUUCAUCGACCACAACACGCGGCAAACGUCGUGGAUUGACCCCAGGGACAGGAUCACCAAACCACUGACUUUUGCCGACUGCGUUGGAGAUGAACUGCCUCUCGGGUGGGAGGAGGUUUAUGACCAACAAGUGGGCGUUUACUACGUCGACCACAUCAACAAGACCACCCAGAUUGAGAACCCGCGGACUCAGUGGCGGCAGGAGCAGGAGCGCAUGCUGAAGGAGUAUCUAGUGGUGGCCCAGGAGGCCCUGAAAGCCAAGAAAGAGAUGUAUCUGGUCAAGCAGCAGCGUCUGGAGUUGGCUCAGCAGGAAAUGUUGCUCUUCCACGAGCUCUCUGAGGACAACCGCUCCAUCACCAGCACGCUCUCCAGCUCGUCCUCAAACGCGAAAUACGACCCCGACCAAAUAAAAGUGGAAAUCGCUUGUAGACGAGAGCGGCUCUCCAAACUGAGGCAGGAGCUGGCCCAGGUGAAGCAGGAGCUCCAGUAUAAGGAAAUGGGAGUGGAGACCCUGCAGGAGAUUGACAGGAAGAUGUCCAGCAGUCAGACAAACUACAAGCUGGACGAGGCUCAAGCCAUCUUCAGUGAGCUGCGAAGCAUUAAGAAGGCCAUUAGCACAGGCGAGAAGGAGAGGCAGGACCUCAUCCAGAGUCUGGCUAAGCUGACGGUGAACUUCCAGAGCAGCCUGUCCAUCGGUGACUCGGCCAGCGAGGUGGCAAACAGCACUGGAGCCGCGGGUGACCCAUAUAAUCUGCAGCAGUACUGCGACGCCGGCUGUCAGACUGACAUCAUGGGAGAGUUCGGUUCCCAGGAUCCCUCUCAUUUGGUGGACAAAGUGAAGCUUAACUGGCAGUACGAGGAAGCCAAGAAGAAGGUGCAGAGCAUCCAGCACCAGCUGGCACAACUGGACAGUGAGAGCUGGUCGGGGCGGGCCGAGGCCGACCGCGACCGGGACUUCAUGCAGCUCUUGCGUGAGAAGGAGGCCCUGCUGCAGGAGCUGAUCCUGGUCAGCAAGCAGCAGCACUCGCCAGACACGCUGCUGCAGCUGGAGGAGGAGCGCUCCCGGCUGGAGGAGGAGGUGCAGAGGGCCCACAGCUCCCAGAGUCAGGGAGCCAAUGAGAGGAUGCUGCAGCAGGAGAAGAGGAAUGCUCUUCUGCGACAGCUAGAGGAGGCAACUCGCAUCACAACCUACCUUCAUUCCCAGUUGAAGAGCCUGUCUGCUAGUUCUCUGACGGUGUCGUCCAGCAGCAGCCGGGGCUCUCUCGCUUCCAGCCGGGGCUCUCUAGCAUCCAGCCGAGGCUCUUUAAGCUCCAUCAGUUUCAGUGACAUCUACGGUCUCCCCCAGUAUGAGCGUCACGAUGGCACAGGAGAGCCUUUCGACUCCCAUCUACGUUACCUGCUGCCCAUAGAGACGAUAUCCAGAGACUGUUCCAUGUUCUCUCCUGACCCUUUGACCCAGAGCAAAACCAAACGCUCCCACGACACCCCGCAGUCGCUAGCCUCCCUCUCCUCCCGCUCCUCGCUUUCCUCCCUGUCACCACCCAGCUCUCCCAUGGACACACCCUACCACUCCGCCCCUCAGGACUGCCCCCUCACCCAGAUGACAGAGGAAUACAUGGAGCAGGCGAGUCGCGGCCUGUUGGAGGGGCUGAGAGCACAAUCACAAUCACAAACCCUGUCACAUGUGGCCUUGAUGAGCAGUGAGGACGCGAUCAUGCCUGCUGCUGCUGCUGCACAUCAACUGGACAAGAGUCACAGAGACAGUGGGAGCCAGGGGGCUUUUACCUCCACAGGAGUGACUCUAAGGGGGAACAGUGCCAACAGAAGUGGCAGGAGGGCCAGGAGGGUCUCUGCAGGCAUGUCUGAGGAUGCCCUGGCCACUGAUAGUGGUGUCUUCGAGGCCUGGGGCAGGAGGCCAGAAGAGUCUGAGGAGAUGUCCUACAUUAAAGAGCUGACGCCUGUGAGCGAGCCCACCCAGGUCCAGCUAGGACUGCUGUGGGAGCCGAACUCACAGUCCUUACGACUACAUCUGCUACAGCUCAAGAAUCUGAACAGGUCUAUUGUAAGGGAUGGCUUUAAAGUGUAUGUAAAGGUGCACUUGAUUCCACUGGAUGCCAGCAGGACCUGUGCAUAUUACUGUUGUACUCCAUUGGAGCCGCAAUCCCAGAUGGGCUUCAACGCAGGCUUCCGCAUUCCUGUCCCCGCGGACGCGCUGCUGCUAUGUGCUCUACAGCUGUCUAUCUGCUCGCUGGGACCUCAGGCUCAGGAGGAGCUACUGGGCACAGCCCAGGUGAGCCUGGCAGACUGUGAAGGAAGCACAGAGAUGGUUUACCACUGGCUGCGGGUCCAGUUGUUGAGUGGGGUGGAGUCACAAAGGCCUGAACAGAAAAGCCUGAGCCACCGCAGACACCAUGAGAGCCCAGAGGAGGAGCAAAGACCCAGAACCGUGGACACUGUGUGCUCUCUGCUGACGCGCACGCCAACCACCACGCACUCGGAGGAGCGGAGCACGGAGCUGCAGAGGCUGGAGAGGAAGGACGAGCCAGGGGAGGCCGCGUCAGAGAGGAGCUGGCAGGCGGAGUCUGUGGACAGUGGGUGCAGCAACAGCACAGCGUUCACGGCGCUCUGCUCAGAGGGCCUGUGUGCAGACAGCAUCUGCGUCACUGGAGGGCGCUGCGGUCAAAGCACCAGUAAACUCUGUGCAGUGAAGGUGGAGAAGGCCACUAUGACCGAGGGUCUGUACCCGGAGCCGGUGCGGGUCCGCCCCAAGGAGCGGGGUGGCCGCUGGGGUCACGCGUCCCCCUUCAUGCGCGGCAGCACAAUCGUUCGCUCUCAGACUUUCUCGCCAGGAGCUCGCAAUCAGUAUGUGUGCAGGUUGUACCGCAGUGACAGCGACAGCUCGACUCUACCAAAGAAAUCGCCUUUUGUCAGAAACACGUUGGAAAGAAGAACACUGCGCUAUAAGCAGCAGUCGUACCGCUCCUCCCUGGCCGAGCAGCCCACCCGUACCUCCCUGGACCUGGAGCUGGAUCUCCAGGCCUGCAGGACACGUCAGCGGCAGCUCAUGGAGGAACUGAGCGUCCUGAGGGAGCUGAAGCUGCGACUGGAGGAGCCACAGGCCAGGGAGGCGACUGAACUCCCUCACUGGGCCCUGAGGGACGAGCGCUUCCGCUGCCUGCUGAGAGAGGCCCAGAGACAGGCUGGCCAAAGCAAGCAGGAGCAGCGUCAGGAAGAGGCGGCGGAGAGGAGGCUGAGGAAGGCGUCCAAAGAGGUUCUGCAGAUGAGGGGGCAGAGCCAGAAGGAGCCGCUGCCUGUGCAGACAUUCAGAGAGAAGAUAGCUUUUUUCACCAGACCAAGGUUCAACAUACCUCCUUUGCCAGCUGACGACGUAUGAGAGCUUGCCUUUGUAUUGUGUGACUCAACAUGAAGUAUUUGUCAGGGGUUUUUUUUUUUUUUUUCUGAAACCAUGAAGUACAAAGUUCUUUUUGCCGAGGACGUGAGCGGGGCGACACGUAGAUGAUGUCAAAGAUUAGACGGUUUUCCAAUUUCAAGAAGUGUUUGUGCAGCUGUUCUUCCGCACGCAAACACACUAGACCCAGUGAUCAAAAACACAAAACAGCUGCUGGUUUCCUUUCACGUGGAGGCAGCAUCUCUGUGCUCCGCAUGAGUUACUUGUGUUUGUGCUUACAAACAGGCUGGAAGAUGGGAUCAACGAUCGGUUAGAACUAAUCACUGUACUGUAACUUAUUUUAUAGUACUUUCCUUGAAGGAAAUAAAAACCCUUCCUGCUUUUUAGGUGUAUUUUGUAGCUUUGAACAAAUAGCACUUCUGUGUUUUUACAUACAGUCAAAUGAAACUAUUGUCUGAUUAUCUGUUACCUAAUUCUUAAGAUUUAUUUACAUAAAAUGUCACUUUGUAAUCCACUUAUUACAGAUGCCAUUGUCAUUUUGUUAUGUUAUUAAAAUUAAGAUGAUGUACUAUUCAAUAUAUAAAUAAACAUAAAACACUGUAUUCAGAUUUCUCAUGAUGUAUGAACAUCUGCAGUGUUACCUCUUGUGAAGAUAAAACCAAUAAAACAUGUCCUUGUGCUUCCUCUUUAA